AUGGCGCCAACCUCUCCACUCUUCUUCUUCCUCCUCCUCCUCUUCUUCCCCUCCCCCUCUCUCCAAGAACGCCGCAGCCGCACCUCGUCCGGUGUCCUCGUCGCUUCCUCCAGCCCUUCGCUGCCCUCGCCAUCGCCCUCCCCCCUCGUCCUCGCUCUCUUCGUCCUCGGAGACUCCACCGUCGACUCCGGCACCAACAACUACCACGGAACCCUCGCCCGCGCCGAUCGAUCCCCCUACGGCCGCGACUUCGACACCCACCGCCCCACCGGCCGCUUUUCCAACGGCCGCAUCAUCGUCGACUACCUCGCGGUCCGGCUGGGGUUGCCCUUCGUGCCUCCGUUCUUGGGCCGGAGCGGGAAGAUCGAGGACAUGAUCCGCGGGGUGAACUACGCGUCGGCCGCCCCCGGAAUCCUCUUCUCGAGCGGUUCCGAUUUGGGGCAGCACUUUUCUCUGUCGCAGCAGAUCCAGCAGGUAUCGGACACCUUCCAGCAGUUCGAGCUGAGCCUAGGGGAGGAGGCGACGGCGGACCUCAUCUCGAAGUCGGUGUUCUACGUCUCGAUCGGGAGCAAUGACUUUAUACAUUACUACCAGCAAAAUACUUCGAGCGCGCAGGUGCUGUACCUGCCAUGGGAGUUCAACCAGCUCCUAGUGACCACUAUGAAGCAGGCGCUCAAGAGUCUGUAUGAUAAGAACGUGAGAAGAGUGGUGCUCACGGGGCUGGCUCCGAUUGGCUGCACUCCUCACUACCUGUGGCUAUCCGCCAGUGAGAAUGGGGAGUGUGUUGAUGCAAUCAAUAACGUGGUGAUGGAGUUCAACUACGCCAUGAGGUACACGGUGCAUGAGCUCAACCGCGAGCUCCCAAAUGCCACUUUCACCUUCUGUGAUGCUUUUGAGGGCUCCAUGGACAUACUAACCAAUCACCAGCUCUACGGAGAGUGA